UUGCUUAGUUGGCUGUCAGUGUGGCAUAUGAGCAUGCCAGCUUGGUGCAGAGUGGCUGGGGACAAGAUAUGUUUCCAUAUGUUUGUCAAAUUAGUCCUAGGUUCCCAAACCCUAAUCCCCUCUUCGUUUUAAAUUGCCAUUGUUGCUGCAGCUUGAGCUUGGUUCUGCAGAGGCCGAAAAUUCAUGAGCGGUUGCACGAUGGGUAGCGUAGGUGGGGGUCGCAGUGGACAUGUGUCGCAAUCACACGGAAGCCAUGCCUCGAGCUCUUCGCUGCGGUGGCGGAGGAAGAACUCCGACCAAGUUUGCUUUUGUGGGCUGAAGACAGUGAUCAAGAAGUCUGGGACAAGAGAAAAUCCUGAUAGAUUGUUCCAUGCUUGUCCAAGAUACCGGAAGGGCAGCCACUGCAAUUACUUUAGGUGGGCUGAGGACGACGACUAUGAAGGAUUAGAGAACUUAGGAGAAGUUAAAACUGAUGCACAAAUGGAGAGUGAUGCUGCUUUGUUAAACCAUAACAUAUCUUGGAGAAUGAUGACCGUAGAAGCUGAAGUAAAAGCACUUAGGAUGCAGCUGUAUUUUGGAUUAAUAGUUGUGAUUUUGGUUUUUAUGAUUAUGUGUAUGUUCUUUAGUGGGAAGUGAAGCAGUUACUGUCAAAAGGUGAAAAGGAUGAUGCUGUGAACCUUGACAGUUUUCUGUUGUUGUGAAAACCCUGUAUGUUGAUGUUUAUUUACUAGUAAAAAGGUUAUUUACAUGCAAUUUUUUUGUUGAUCAUAACAUAAUAUAAGCAAAUCAGUCAUUGCAGAAUAAAAAUUAAGUGAAGUAGGAAUAGAAAA